AUGCUGAUCGUCGCCGUGGCAGGCGGUACGGGCCAUCUUGGUCUGACCAUUGUCGAAGUCUUCGAGGAAAUUCGAGAUACCGAAUGCGAACCAUCACAGUCCCCACGCUUGAAGUCGACUACGCAGACGUCGACGCAACAGCCGUCUCCUGGACAGCAACAGCGUGAACACCAUCAUCUCAGCCCUCAACCUGAAGACAGCCGAUGGCAGCGCCUCGAGCUCCAGCUCGUCGCCGCAGCAGCCCAGUCCAGCACCACGAAGCGGUUCAUGGGGAGCGAUUGGGCGAUACCAUACCCUCUGACCCACGCCUUCCGCAUCUUCACCCUCUCCGCCCUGCGCGCCACAGAAUUUGAAUGGACAUGCCUCCACGUCGGGCAGAUAGCGGACUACCUAGGCACGCCGCACCUUCCCGGCCACAUGAGUGACGUGCGCAUUUUGAAUGAGGGUGGUGAGACUUACUGA